UGCGUGUGUGUGUGAGCGUGUCAGCAGCGCUCCCUAGCUGCCUCCCCUCUCUCCCCUGUGGAUCUGCUCUCCUGGCCUCCCCCCUCCACUCCUCCUCCCCCUGCGAAAACACUUUCGGGAAGAAUAAAGUUUCCCCCCUCACACGGACCUUUACGCAGCCAGCCGAGACCCGGAGCCAAGGCCUAGCAGGAAGAACAGCUCGACUAUGUGGAGACAGAAGCGGGCACUCGGGGAAUCCGUGGCGUGUCUCGUGUUUCUCGUGACGCUGAUCGAUGCUUCUCGAUUUCUGAGCCAGAGCACAGCCUCCCAGUUCCUGAGCAGGUACAAGAGAGCCAACUCUCUGUUUGAGGAGAGCAAGAAAGGCAACCUGGAGAGGGAGUGCAUCGAGGAGCUGUGCAACAAGGAGGAGGCCAGGGAGAUCUUUGAGAACCAACCUGAGACGGAGUAUUUCUACCCCAAAUAUGUCGCGUGUUUGGGCUCACACCGCGUUGGCAUCCCGAGCCAGAACUCAGACUCUGCCAUCCCAUUGGAUCUCCGUACCUGUGUGACAGAGAUCAGUAACCAGUGCACACCGUACCCAUGCUACAAAGAGGGCUCAGAGCGCUGCAUGGACGGGCAGGCCUCCUUCACGUGUGUGUGUAAGCCCGGCUGGAAAGGCCCACGCUGUGAGGAUGAUAUCGACGAGUGUACAGAUCCUGAAUUUCCAGCCGGAUGCAACCAAAAGUGUAAAAACUUCCCAGGUAGCUUCCACUGCAUGUGUGAGGAGGGAUACUUCAUCACUGACAAGAUCAACUGCAUGGAUAUCAAUGAAUGCCUCUUGUACCCGAGUAUCUGUGCAGAACCUGCCAAGUGUGUCAACACACCGGGCAUGUAUGAGUGCCGCUGUCCUUCAGGUUUCAAAUACAACUUCACUUCAAAGACCUGCAUAGAUGUGGACGAGUGCGAGUCUGAUGUGUGUGACGGGAAAUGCUACAACACAGUGGGCAGCUAUACGUGUCACUGUGACGGUCGUGAGGGUCUUCGUUUAGGAGAGGAUCAGCGAUUCUGUGAAAGAAUCCCGGUCUGUGUGGAGCUGUACGACUACAAACACCCUGAGAUGCUCUACCUGGGGGAGCAAUUUGCUGGACUUCCGGUCAUCUUUCUGCGCUUCCGUCUGCCGGAGCACACAAAGUUUGCAGCAGAGUUUGACUUCCGCACGUUUGAUCCAGAAGGAGUUGUGCUGUACGCUGAGUCGUCCCAGGACUCAUGGUUCAUGCUGGGGCUGAGAGGAGGUCGCAUCGAGGUCCAGUUCAAAAACCAGCACACAUUCAAGGUCACCAGUGGAGGAAAACUCAUCAAUGACGGGCAGUGGCAUGUGAUCUCUGUGGAUGAACUGGAGAACAGCAUCAGUGUGAAGAUCAGUAAGGAAGCUGUGAUGAGCAUCAAUAGCCCUGACAGUCUUUUUACUUCAGUGAACGGCAAACUAGAAACCAAGGUGUACAUUGCUGGUCUGCCAAACCGCACCAACAACGUCAUCAAACCUAUCAAUCCCCGCCUCGAUGGUUGCAUCCGGGGCUGGAACUUAAUGAACCAGGGGGCGUCCGGGGUAAAGGAGGUCAUCCAGGAGAAGAGGAGUAAACAUUGCUUUGUGUAUGUGGAGCAAGGCUCUUUCUUCUCCGGGGCAGGACUGGCACACUUCGACAUUGACUACAGUGAUUCUAUGAGCUGGCUCAUUGAUGUAAAGAUGAACAUACGUCCAUCCAGCAGCACAGGCAUUCUCUUCGCUCUCGUCCAAAACAACACCGUCCCUCUGUCGAUUGCUGUCAUAACGCAGGGAGAAGAAGAAGCUAACCUGCAAGUCUUUCUGGACGGUGUCUCUGUGGCGAAGCUGGACUCGCUCAUGCUGUGUUACCCCGAUCGGCUGAUGGUGCAGCUGAACGUUACUCCUACAGAAAUCCAGAUCUCUGCCAACUCGUCCUCCAUCACCUACAUUAAGACUGAGGCCCUGCAGAAGGCACUGGAGCGCCUCAACAGCACCAUGCAGAACCCUAUCAGUACAUAUGUAGGAGGGAUACCAGACAGCGUCCCAUUACCUUCCACCCCUGUGUCAGCCUUUUACCAUGGCUGCAUGGACAUCACUAUCAGCGGGCAGCAGCUGGACUUUGACGAGGCUCUCAGCAAACAUAACAGCAUUAAGUCUCAUUCCUGCCCUCCUGUUUCUGCCCCCGAGAGUCAGCCUGAUGCAGCACACCCGCAUAGAAAGUGACCUUAAUUAACAAGCUUCUUGGGACAUUUUGGAAAGAGAGAGAUUGGAAGGGUGAGACGGAGGAGGUGGGAUGAGUAAGAAGUGACACGAUGAGGAAGAAGAAGUAGGUUGUCACGGUCGUUUUUGUCGACUCUGUGAGAUGGGUUCGUUUUGAAGUUUGUCACAUGCUUUUAUCCUUACAGUAUUAUUGUUCCUGUCAGAGGAGCAUCAUGUUUUAGUAGUGAAGCACAACGAAAGCUGACUGGCCAGUGAGCUCGUCUAAGCUGGAUGGUUUCAUGACGUAGUUGUAGCACUUUGUUGCAAUGAAUCAAAUGUAGGAAAUGUUUAAAAGAGCUGAGCUCUGUAGCACAGGUUCCUUAUUAUGAGCAAGAGAUGGUUUAUGCUUGAGUAGAAAAUGAACAAAUGGUUUGUGUUGACCAGGCUUUGGGACCACCUGAAUCUGUAUCCUUGUUGCUGAAUCAUGGUACUAUCUCUGAAUCCUGUUCUCAAUGCUGCAGUGAAACCCACAGAGUAGAAAGCUCAGGCUCAGGGUGCAGGUCUGUUUGUUGUUUGAUGCAUCAUCGGCCUUCCUUCAAUGCUGCAUUGGUUCAGUCACAUUUAAAGACAUGGUGUAUCUUUUACUGGUUUUAUUGGUUGUAAAAAAUGUUUACACCUUACACUAUCACUGGUCUUGAAGACUAUCUACACCUUAUGCUAUUUUUUUGUUCUCCUUUCAGUCCCAAGUUCAGAAUUUAUCUUGUAUAUAAAACAAGCCAUCUUUAAUAUAUAACUUAAAUGUAGUUGUUCAGUGUUGUCUUUGUGUGUUUGUUUUAAUAAAAUCGUCCAGAGCAACCCUUGAAGACAGUUUUAGAUUCCAUCAUUGCAUUUAUCCACCAACUCUUCUUCCAACAGGUCUCCAAAAUAAGGAAGUCUAUCUACUGACUUUCUGUAAUCUGUUCAGUUCUGCUUGUACUAAGUCACUGGUGACACAACAGACUUGUAAAGUAGUUAUUUACAAAACAUGAGGUGUGUUUGCGUUCAAGCUAUUUAUCCUGCAACAGCUGGAUCAUACUCUGUUGUGCCACUGUAAACUAGGAAGCCAUGUUUUUAUUCAAUUUUAGGACAAACUACAAACAAUAUGUUGGGAAAAUUGUUGUUUUCAUUUAUACAACCGUGAAGCUUUGCUAAAGCUCUGCAGCACUCGGGUUUGUUGGUUCCACCACAUGUUGCAGUCAAUAAAACAGUUAGUUGAGGUCAAUGGGGCCACAACAACAAAGUCAGCAUGAA